AUGGUGUGGCUUAUUAUCCUUCUUCUCUGCGCUGGGAUUUCAAGUGCACGACAUCUGGAUUAUAUUCAUAAAAGUAGCUCACACUUGGAGGAUAGAGUCUUUAGUCUACUCGUGAGAUUACAAUUGGAGGAGUUCUAUGACACAAUGCUUCUCUAUGGAGAGGAUUGUGUUUUUCACUCAUCAUUUCGGCGCUUGAAUGUAUCCACAGUGCUCGUGUCCUCGGGCAGCUCCAACUUUGAUUGGAACUUCAGCAGCCUAACCCUGAUACUAAGCUGUAGUCCUGAAGAUGAAAAUGAAAGGAACUACAACACGCUAGCGAAAUUGCAAAGAAACAGAAGGUUAGUUUAUCUACGAGGCGAUAUUCAACCGCAAUCGGUGUGCGAAAGAUAUUUACAGAAGGAACAAUACAACAUAGCUACAAUAGGAGAAGACUUUGAUAAGUCAAAAACUGUCUAUGCCUGUCGCCACUUUAAAGAUCCGAACAUCGAGGAAAUCAGUUUACUGGAUAGUAAGCCAGUAUUUAUAGAACAGUUCCGGAAUAUGUACGGAAAAUCCAUUCGAGCUGUGGCAGAUCUCUUAUCUCCGCGUUCGAUGCUUUAUGUGGAUCCAAAGACCGGUGAUAUGAAGACAGCUGGCUAUGUGGCCAAUUUGGUUAACACUUUCGCUGAGAGAGUAAAUGCCACCUUGGAACUAGAAAUCUUGACCAAAAAAUUGAUAGUAAAGGAAAUUUUAGGUUUGGUGGAGGACGAACAGCUGGACAUCGGGAUCACCCUAGAAUCCUCAUUUCGAAUGACAUUCAUAGAAAUUUCCAGUUAUCCGUACAUUCUGACAUCGUACUGCCUUAUGGUUCAGGUUCCAGCAAAGAUGCCGUACAAUUUGGUAUAUGCCAUGAUAAUAGAUCCGAUCGUCCUGGGAAUGAUCUUUGUGUUGUUCCUCCUGCUAUCUGUCCUGCUAAUAUAUAGCCAGAAAAUGUCAUGGCAUGACCUGAGCUUGGCCAACAUAUUACUUAAUGAUAAGAGCCUAAGAGGUCUCCUGGGCCAAUCCUUUCCCUUUCCUCUGAAUGCAAGCAAAAAACUGAGGCAGAUAUUUACCAUUCUAUGCUUUGCAAGCAUUAUGCUUACCACGAUGUACGAAGCCUACUUGCAAUCCUUCUUUACGAACCCGCCAUCAGAACCAGAAAUCUGCUCAUUCCAAGAUGUUGGUAGCUAUAACCGAAGAAUUGCAAUGCCUGCACUGGAGAUUAAUGGUUUAAUCAAGACCAAUAAUUCGCAUUUCCGAGAAAUUCACGUGGAUGAUUUAGAAAUUUUUGAUAAUUUGCCGGAGUGCUAUGAGCAGCGCGAUGCCUUCAACCUGAGCUACAACUAUGUGGUAACCGGAGACCGCUGGAGAUCAUACGCGGAGCAGCAGACGUUCUUCAAGGAGCCAGUCUACUACUUUGCCAGGGACUUGUGCUUCUCCAGACUGAUCUUCUUGUCGGUUCCCCUGCGUAGACACCUGCCAUAUCGUCAUCUCUUCGACGAACACAUGAUGCAGCAGCACGAAUUCGGUUUCGUGAACUAUUGGAUGAGCCACAGCUUCUUCGAUAUGGUGAGACUUGGUCUAACGUCACUCAAGGAUCUAAGUAGGCCAUUAGCGUACACUCCAAGCCUAUUAAUGGAUGACAUCUCGUGGAUAAUGAAAAUCUAUUUGGCUGCCAUUGUACUCUGCGUUUUCUGCUUCUUGUUGGAAAUAGGAGUGGACAAGUGGAAACGCUGGAAGAAAUUCCGAAAUUUACGAAUUCUAAACACAUGUUAAACUUAUUUCAUUCCCCCAAUAAAUUUUGUGACUCGAAA